AUGUCCAACUCCUUCCUGGAACGGGCGAACCCCCCGCCUCGUCGGAAGACGUGUCUUGCCUGCACCAAAGCCAAGCGCCGGUGCGACCACGGUCAAGCGGCGUGCCUGCGGUGCUCGCGGCGGAAGAUCGACUGCGUUUAUCCCACCCCGCCAACGUCCAGAUCCAAGAGGCAGACUGCCCCCAAGCUCAUCGAAACACCUGCGCCGCAAGAAGACCCGGAGAGGUCGACCGGGACACCCGCAACAUGUCCCGACAAUUCUCUCGUACCAUGGCAGCAAGACGCGGACCUUCUCCAGCUGGAUAUGGAUGGCCUUGACGGCAUUGGUCUGUACACGGACUUCCACGACUUCUUGGCCCCUGACGUUCUUUUUGACGGAACGUCGUCUCUCUCGCCUCUCACCUCGAGCCCCGAACAGAUGCUGUUACCAAGCCAGGAUCUCGCGGCAGAUGGCUCGUUGGAGGAGAUGAUAUCCAGCCGCCUUCAAUACGCCCUCGAUGAGAUGAACAAGGUUCCCGCAUCCACCGUCCUGGAGAACCAAGCCCCCUGGAGCCACCCAUACUUGUACCGGGCUCACAUGCCGAGAGAGAUGCAAGAUGCUCAAGCUUGCUGUGCACUGUACAUCGCCAAGAACUCAAGCAACUCUCGCUUCGUCCUGCGAACUAUUCAAGCCAGGGCUCAUGAGCUUCUCUCCUCUCCCACACCCAGGGACCGCCUCAGCAUCCUCGCACGCCUCCAGGCCGCGCUGCUCUACCAGAUCAUCCGCCUCUUUGACGGCGACGUCUCCCUCCGCGCCUCCGCGCAGCAGACUCUUCCCGCCCUCGACGGCGCCAUGCUGGCCCUCAUGCCCUUUGUGAAAUGGGAGCGCGCACGGCCGGAGACCGGCCCGGCGGAGGACCGCUCCGCCUGUCCGACGAAAGAGACCUGGCAGGAAUGGAUCUUUCAGGAAUCGGCCCGGCGGACCGUGUUCUUCACCGGCUUCCUCCUCGCCGCCUACAACGUCCUCGUCGGCAAGAUAUCCAGCGACUGCCAGGGGGGCCACUUCACCGGCCUGUCGUGGACUCUGUCCGCGCACCUGUGGGAGGCCCCCGACGUUGUCGCCUUCGCCGUGGCCUGGGGGGAGAAGCGGCACUUCGUCGUUACCAGGGAGUGUUUCAGCGACGUUCUGAAGGAUGCCGGCGCCGAUGAUGUGGACGCGUUUGGGAGGAUCCUGAUUGUAGGGGCCAUGGGCAUUGACGAGGCGAGGCUAUGGUUCCACAACAGAGGCGGUUCGCUGUGA